AUGGUGAUUCCAUUUGAUUUAAAAGGAAAAGUGGCAAUUGUUACUGGUGGUGCAGAUGGUCUAGGGUUCCAAUUUGCCUUAGAACUACUGAAGAAAGAAGCCAAGUCCGUUGUUAUAGCAGAUAUAUCUGAGAAUAUUGGGAGGAAAGCAGUGGUACAACUUAACAGCGAAUUUGGACCUAACAAGGCCGUUUUUGUUAAAACUGAUGUUACAGAUUACAAUUAAUUUGAGAACGUAUUUAAGAAGACGAUCAGCGUGUUUCAUAAUGUCGAUAUUUUAAUUAAUAAUGCUGGAAUAUACAACGAUUUCCUAUGGCAAAAAGAAAUAGCUAUCAAUUUGGUAAGUGUUAAUCUUUGCUUAGUUUAUAUAUAGUAUAAACCCUAGAAACAUUCUAAGCAUUAGGAUGUUUGGUACAGGAUUAGGACACAUUCGUGGAUGAGGCUGAAACUGUUUAUCAGUUUAUAAUGCCAAACAGAUUUACUGAAGUUAAAGCGUUUCUUAAGUGACUGAAAGUUUGGGUUGAAAUAUUUUUAAUGUUUUGUUUUUUGCAUCCGUAAGCCGAAAUAUUUUAGAUUUAUCAGCAAAAAAUCGUUCUUUAUCUCGAUUCUAGCAGAAUAAGAGCAACGUUAUAUUGCGAUAGAUAUUUUGCAGUCUGAAUUUUUGAGUAUGUAUAUAGCAAAAAAUGAGCUCAUUGACUUUGUUUUUGCUUAUGAUUGAUCCAGUCGCGCUCAUUUACCUUGUAGGCCUCCAUAAAAUUCCACUCAGCAUCCUUCAGUAGGCGUAAUUGAGCCGGAUAAGAAAAAGCGAUCAAAUUUUAUUACCUACUGCUGGUUAUUUAACUGAAAUGAAAAUAGCCACACUUUCAUUUUAUUAAUAAAAAAUACCAAUUGCGCACACUCAGUAAUAAUUUAAACCAUAAUCUUAACGUGCGAGGACUUUCUAAUCGGGAAUUUUAAUUUGUUGUAAACAGUUCGCUUCAAUCCCUUUUGAAAGUCACAUCGCUUUUUACAUACGUUGUCGAGCACUUGUGGA